AUGUCGGCCGCGACUUCCACGUACGGAGCCGAAAGUCCUGCGGAUGUCCAACUCCCUGAGUACAGUGCCGCGGAGGUCGCAUCGCAUAACCGCAAAGAUGAUAUCUGGAUCAUUGUUCAUGGCAAAGUUUUCGAUAUCACAAACUACCUCCAAGAUCAUCCUGGAGGCGCAGAGAUCCUCAUAGACACUGCGGGUACAGAUGCCACGGAAGCGUUUGAAGAUGUUGGCCAUUCUGAGGACUCGGUAGAGAUCAUGCAGGAGUUCCUAAUCGGCACUUUGAAAGGUGCCAAAGAAUACGUCCCACCCAAGAAGGUCCAACUGGUUGCCCAGAAACCAGAGACCAUGCGUCAACCAUCUGGGAGCCGCCCGGUGGGGACAAUCGCUGGUGUGCUUGGAGCAUUGGCAUCCAUACUGUAUGCCUAUCAAAGGGGCACCUUUGGCCCCCUGGUCCCAAAGAAUGAGCUUGGCCAACUGAUUCCUCAGUAUUUCAACGGAAUCAGGUUGUCUCGCGGAGGGUUCACCAAUGGAUUUCUUACAGCUGCAGCCAUCUCUGCGAUAGUUGGCACGGCCGUGGCCCGUCAGGCAGCAAAAUUCACCAAGGUCGACUCGGGCUUCUUGCGCUACCCUCCACAUAUCAAAGCCCGAAGUGUAAUGAAGGCUGACCCGCACUUGGCUAAAGGAUUUCUGGAUGCCAAAGAAUUCAAGAGGUUGCCUUUAGUUGAAAAGGAUCAACUAUCUCCCAAUGUCUAUCGAUUCGUGUUCGCUUUGCCCAAUGCUAAGGGAUGUUACCCUGAAGGCCUGCUCACUGGUCGGUACCUAGCCAACCUAACGGUGGGAGAUGAAGUUGAGUUCCGGGGUCCCAAGGGGGCGAUGCGUUAUAGCAAGGGGCUCUGUACCAAGCUAGGCAUGGUCGCUGGAGGAACGGGUAUCACGCCUAUGUAUCAGCUCAUUCGUGCGAUCUGUGAGGAUGAGCGGGACACGACUGAGAUCAGCUUGAUUUACGCCAACCGGACAGAGGCAGACAUCUUGUUGAGGGAGGAACUAGAGGCGUUUGCGCGCAAAUAUCCCAAGAACUUUAAGCUUUGGUACAUGCUGGAUACUGCUCCAGAUGGCUGGGCCUAUGGAACUGGCUUUGUGAACCAGGAAGUACUUAGCCAACAAUUACCGGGACCGUCUGAGAAUACUAAAAUGCUCCUGUGUGGGCCUCCCGGCAUGGUCAACGCGACCAAAAAGACGUUGGCAGCCAUGGGAUUCCAAAAGGCGGGAGCGAUGUCAAAGAUGAGCGACCAAAUUUUCUGUUUCUAG